GUUCGAACUUAUACUGGCAGAGCGCGGCAAGAUCAAUGAAGAGGAGUGCUCUGCGGGGCAUGAGAGAUCUUCGAGAGUUCAAUUUAAAUUAUCAUGACUGGUGCAGGUUUGCGAUAUCCGCUCCAGCUGAAUCUUGCGAGUCCGCGAUUUCGAUCUGGAAGGAAAAAAUACUGCAAAGACAAGACGUUUGCAAUGGGGAUCAAGUGCCAAGUUCUGCAAAGGAAGUAAUUUUUUUCGAAACGAGCUAAAUCUGAAGUGAAGAAGAAAGUGUGAUAUUGAGUUGUCUCACUGUAUUAAGCUUCGGAACAUUUACGGUAAAGAAGAUCUUCACCUAAUAAUUCUCGUUCGUGAUUAGAUAACAAAGACCACGAGAUGUUGAGGGUUUUUCUAUAGGAGGUAUAAAGUCCUCUUGUUAAAUGAGUACAUUUACCUCGACGAGAACAACAAGCAGCUUGCAAGGCGGGGCAACUACAAGAAAACACGAUCCAUUCCAGGUAGAAAAAGAGUGGCUGGAUGAGGCAAUGGAAACGGCCACGGCCGAUGACACUCGCAUUCUCGCAGAGAAGUGCUGUAUUUCCGAAAAAGAACAUGAGGAGGAGAUGCAGACGAGGAAAGAGUUGGAUCGUGCGAAAGAGC